UCUAAUUAUAAUUUUCUGCCAUAUAAAUACUAUAAUUAAUUCAAUAUUUACUUUUAUUUUUAUCUAGAUGCAUUUUUUUAUUUACUCAAAUUAAUCAGAAGCAAAAGGAUAAACCGUUUCAUUCUAUAAAGCAGUCACGAUCCGUCCUAGAAGAUUCAAAUCUAUUUUCAUCCUCUCGACUUGUGACGUCACAAGUCAAAAAUAUCAACUUUUGAGAGGGAGACGUUCAAAACAUUUCUCUACAAUUCAGCUCUUGAUAUUUCCCUAAGUCUCGAAAACCUUUAAACUUUGAAAGCCAACUAGAAACUUGCUCAAUAAAUAUCAUUUCACUCUAAAAGAGAGAGCAUCCUUAAUUUUAAAGAGAAAUUCACGUAUGGUGUUUAAGCUCAAGAUUUUUAAAUAAAUAAUUUGCAAAAAUUUUCUAGAUUUACGGAAAUUUGUUGGAAAAAACAGUGAUGAAAAGUAGGUCAUAUUUCACCCACGCAAAAGUUCCCCACCCACAAAAUUCGCGAUAAAAUAGUGUCCAGGAGUUGAACAGUAACACAUCAUCUUUGUAUGCAACGAGAUCUUGAGAUUUAUUAAGUGAUCCUUGAUCGAUCGAUUAAUCGGUCGAUAAAGAUAUUGCAGUACUCGUAGAAAAAUAAAUAUAUUUUGAAACAAUAGAAGAAUUGGUAAUUGUUAAAAAUGCCGGGUGCAGGAGGUCAACCGACUCCAAGGACGACCUUCAGACCACCCUGGGUCAAAGAUGGACCAAAUCCUUUACCGAUGCCUACUGCUCCCUGGACUUUGAACAACAGGCGUGAUUCAAAUCAAAAAGCUGACGAAGCACCAGCUUUUACGAAAGUCACUCUCAAGAAUGUUCCAAAGCCUGAGGAAGCGACACCACCGGCUAAUCAACCGAAAAAACAAAGUAAAAUCACAAUCAUCCCUUCGCAAGCGAAUAGUGACAAAAAGAAUGCAGGUCAAUCCCCGGCACCGUCAAAAGCGAGGGAAAAUGGACGACCGGAACCAGCCUCGAGACCACAACUUGAACGACAAGUUCGCGUCGACAGAUCUCGAUCACGCGGCGACGUUUUGCCAAUAUCGAAAACUGAAAGCGCUACAGGUGCACCUACACUAUCCAAGAGUUCAUCCAGAGCAGCCAUUCCACCUCCACCGCCUCCAAGACCACCACCUCCGCCGCCAUCGAGAAAUAUUUUGAAAGAUCUGCCACAAUUGUCAGACAGGCAGCAAAAAACAAUAGAAAUGUUAAAAUCAAGGCCGAGAAAACGACCCGACUGGGCAUGCAUGAUGAAGGAGGUGGAGAGCGGCAGGAAACUCAGACAUGUCCAAUGUAACGAUAGAAGUGCACCCCUGAUUGAAAGAGUAGAUAAAGUUAAAACCGAUCCCAAAGCUGCUGUUACAGGUCCAGUACACUUCAUCUACGAAUCUGAAAAGUCGAACGCUCACAAUCAACUACUCCAUCAAAUUCAAAAGGGCGUACAACUAAAAUGUGUCAAAACAAAUGACCGUUCGAAACCAAAUUUAGAAGGUUUAAGGAAAUUCAGAAGACAAUUGACAAUAGAAGAGCAAAUUAAAAAGGCUGAUGAACCAGUAGAAACAAUUUUACCAGAUGAAAUGGAUGACAUUGAUGCUGUUAGAGACGACCUUCAAAGUACAAAACAAAUGCUCGCUCUAGAGUUGAGAAAUAAAGAAGCUCUGGAAAGAGAUAACAAACGAUUGCAGAAAACGUUUAAUUUGAGCCCUGAAACUUCGAAGCUACAAUCUCUCCAAUUUAAACUGCAGGCAAGAAUUCUGAACCUCGAAGCUGAAUUGGAGCACCAGAAGUCCCAAAAAAGUAUUCAAGAAUAUAAACGACAGGAUAGCAAAUUAUCGGAAUCAAUAAAGAAGGAAGCAGAGGAAGCGAGAAAAGAUGCCGAAAGAUUGGAAAAGGAAUAUGCAAGUGUUUCUGAAGAGAGAGAUAAGACCAAAAACGAAUUAGAAGACAUGAAGAGAAUGUAUGCUGCUUUAGAAAGGCGCAUGAAAGCUGGAAUGGCUUUGGCUGGUUGUCCGAGCGCAAAGGAUGUUGCGAGAAUUGCUUCUCAAAAAAGUAUCGAUAAAUCACACCAAUCAAACGCCAGUGAGAGUUCUGAAGAAGAGGAGGAGGAAGAAGAGGAAGAAAGUUCCGAAGAAGAAGAAUCAGAUGAAGAAGAAGAUCCAAAAGCUGCAGAAGAGAAACGACUUCAGCGGGAAUUAAAAUUACUUCAAACAAAAAUUAAAAGUUUCAAAGAUAAAUCCGACAAUGCAAGAAAAGAGAGGCAUGCACUUAGAGAACAAAUUAAACAACAAAAUAAAUUGCUCAAAGAGGAGAAAAUUAAAUUUAAACGUUUGCAAAAAGAAGUAGACAAAAUGGCAAAGUUAAUGGGCGAUACUGAUGAUGAUGAUGACGAUGAUGGAGACGGAGACGAUGAAAAGGAACACGAAGAAGAAGAAGAAGAGGAAAGUAACUCAGAAGACGAAUCGGAAUCUGAGGAAUCUGAGGAAGAGGAGGCAAAGUCUGACGAUGCACAUACUCCUUUGGCAAAGCAAAAGAAUAAUUUACAGGCUCAAACAAAAAGAUAUGAAGGUCGUCUGGCAGCUCUCAAAAAAGGUAACUACCUCCUAAAAGCUCAAGUAGAUCGUCUCAAAGACGAUUUAGCGAAACAACGCGAAGAAAGUCUUUCCUUACAAGAAGAUUUGGACUCUGUAUUAGCUGAGUUAGGUUAGAGCAUCAUUUUUUAAAAAGAUUUUCCUUAAACUACAUUCAAAGUGCCUUUCAAUAUCUCGAUGGCCCAUAAGUGAAACACAUACAGGGCUUGAACCAGUGAAAGUAUUUAAAAAUACGGACUGUACGAACUCAAAAUUAAAAAUUACGGACUAAUAACAAAAAUAUAACCAGUCCGAGUCAAAUAAGAGAAUAUUUUACUUAAAACUAAAAUUCUUC